UAUAUAAUGGAUAACGUCCAGGAAUUUAUUAUAAGAAUAGGCCAUGACAGCGAUGAAUCUGCUGUCAUCAGAUAGUAGCAGUGAAGAUGACGAUGAUUUAACAUUGGGACUUCUAUCUCAGUCUAACUAAAACGGAUGUUCAAAAAUGUAUUUUCGAACAAAUUGUGUAUUAGCCGGCUUUCAUCAUUAAUUUGAC